GCCAUAAAUUGGAAGCAAUGUUCCUCACUCUGUCAAUUCUUUUCACUGGCAUUUCUGUCGUUUUGUUUAGCUACUAUCGGUAUAGGAAACUAAUAAAAAUUAAAACACAUUUCGGUGGACCGGAGUCGCAGUUUCUGUGGGGAACCACGUCAAAAUUUGUUGGAAAAAGUAUUCCUGAUAUAUUCGAUAUCAUUACGGACAUGCACAAAGUGCACGGUGAAGAUGUGGCCAUUAUUGCUGCCUUCAAUGAGCUGAUACUAGAUCUCUCCAGCAGGACAAAUGUGGAAAAAGUACUACAAACCAAGACAACCAAGAAAUCUUUUGUUUACGACUUUCUGCAACCUUGGCUGGACACUGGGUUGCUAAUUUCUACAGGGGAAAAAUGGUUCCAGCGGCGAAAAAUUAUAACCCCUACGUUUCACUUUCAGAUGCUAGAAUGUUUUCUCGAUGUGUUCAAUCGGGAGGCGGAUCUACUAGUCAGCAAGCUGAGAGGUAAAGUUGGUAAGGAUGAAUUCGACAUUUACGAACACAUCACGUUGUACGCUUUGGAUAGUAUUUGUGAAACAGCCAUGGGCGUCCGGAUAAAUGCCCAGGAUGAUCCCAACAAUGAGUACGCUCUGGCAGUCAAACAAAUGAGUACAUUUAUCCUACGUCGAGUUUUCAGCUUUCUACGAUCUUUUCCCAGAUUAUUUUUCUUCUAUCCUUAUGCUGGUGAACAAAAAAAAGUGAUCAAAAAGUUGCACUCCUUUACAAACGCAGUAAUUGAUUCGCGACGAAAAAUUUUGGAGCAAGGAAACACCCAAUCAAAAAUUGCAUUCGAUUUACACGAAAAAGACUUGUACUCGAAGCGGAAGCUUACGUUCCUUGACUUACUGCUCAGUGUCACCGUAGAUGACAAACCACUGAGUCGGGAAGAUAUUCGCGAAGAGGUCGACACGUUUAUGUUCGAAGGUCAUGAUACAACAACUUCCGGCAUUGCAUUUACGAUUUGGCACCUGGCGAAGUAUGAAACUGUUCAGGAGAAGUUGUAUGAGGAAAUUUGUAACUAUUUGGGUGAACACAAAUCAACCUCCAAAUUAACAAAUGUUCAAAUACAGGAAAUGACUUAUCUGGAUAUGGUUAUCAAGGAAUCACUACGAUUAAUUCCACCAGUUCCGAUUAUCGGACGAACCUUGCUGGAGGAUAUGGAACUAAAUGGAGUUACCGUUCCUGCCGGAACCAACGUCAACAUAAAGAUUUACAACAUCCAUCGAAACCCGAAAGUGUGGCCUGACCCAGACAAGUUUGACCCGGAGCGCUUCUCCAAAACGAACGAAAGCUCAUACGGUCCCUACGAUUACAUUCCGUUCAGCUUCGGCACGAGAAACUGCAUCGGUCAGAAGUAUGCCACCAUGGAGCUAAAGGUGGCCAUCAUAAAGCUGGUGGCAGCCUUUCGCAUUCUUCCCGGUGAAUCGAUGGAUAAGAUGCGCUUCAAGACGGAUUUGGUGAUUCGACCAAACAAGGGAAUCCCGAUUAAGCUGGUGGAACGAAAGUGAUAGAUUAUCACAUUAGA